UGUCCCAGAAUAUGACUCCAGAUCUGACCCUCUCCUUCAGUGUGAAGAGCCGCUCCAGGAGGUGUGUAAACGGCCCCCUGCAGGAAGCAGCCAGGAGGCGGCUCUGGGCGCUGGAGAAUGAGGACCAGGAGGUGCGUGCACUGUUUAAGGUGAGCUUGGAUGGAGGGGUGCAAUUCUGAGCCUGCCUUGUGUUCGUCCGGCCGCUGCAAGGUUCACCAGCACCUGGGACAGCGCCGGGAACAAAGUAGGCCCUCAAGAACAGGGCUGACUGAAGGAAACAAUGAAUGAAAAUGUACAUAUUUUCUGCCCAACAAGAAUAGGCAGCACUCCGAAGCUGGCGAGGAGUUGCAGAAUCAGAGAAAACGGUUUCAAAUCUGACACUGUUAUUUGUUUGACCUUCUGCAAGUUACUUACCUGUGUAGGAUGGGAAUCGUUGCGAUGUCUAUCAAGUAUACUUUAAAAAAAAUGAAAUUAAUUUUUUUAAUUGGAAUUUUAUUGUUUUUUAUUGUGAUAAAAUAUACAUAACAUAAACUCUCAACUUUAAAUAUUUUCAGUGUGUAAUUCGGUGACAUUAAGUGCACUCACAUUGUUAUGCAACCAUCAUCACUGUUCAUUCCAGAACUUUUCCAUCAUCCCAAAUGGAAGCUCUGUACCUACUAAACAAUAACUCUCCUCUGUCCCCUUUCCUCAACACUGGUAACCAAUAAGUAUGUAUUUUUUUAAAUUACCAAAAUUGCCAAUCAAAAAUUAGUAACUAUACAUUUUAGAAUGGGAGGGAAAAAGGCAUUGAAGUAAAAAACCAAUUCGUCCUCUUUCAUAGUGGGUAGCUAGUAUCUUCAGCUGUUACACCAAGGAAGAAGGGUAUGGCCAAAUUAUUUACAGCUUAGGAGGGACUUACUAGGAGAGCCAAAGUCAGAAAUGGUUAAAAAUUGUUACAACUAGAGGAGGGAUAAAGAGAAUAUUACUUUAUGUAAUAAACUAAUAUGUUCUAGUUAUUUUUACAGUCCCUGAAUUAAUUUGAUACAAAUUAUAAAGGGAAAUGUGUUCUAUUAAUCUGUCACGUAUAAAAAAAAAAGAAAGAAAGUGUUUGGUUUGUUGGGAGGAGUCAGUGAGUCAGUAUCCGUAGAGAGCUUGGCUUUGCUUGGGUGGUGGUAUAUACUCCAUAAAUAGUAGAUAAAUUAUAAAUAGUAGUGUGCUUUUUUUUAAUUUCCAGAAUUCAGAAACUUGGAGGCACGAGCUGCUAACUGGCACCAUAGUUUUUUAAAAAUUUGAGUCACUCUUGGCGUGGGCAAGAGCUGGGUUUGAUUGAGCCAGGGGGUCUGCUGGGUUGAGGAUUGAGCCAGGCAAACUUGUGUGCCAGAACUGAGACCUGGAGUCAGCCGGAUCUCAGCUCCAGCCAAGGUGCCACGGCACACACACAGGUGACCAUGGGCAGAUUGCUUAACCUGUCUGUGCCUGGCCCUUGUUGACGUGGAGAGGGCCAUUUUCUAUUAAAUCUGAGGUGCCAUUUGAUUAUAAAACGCACCAACAUCUUACAUACCUCAAGGGAAGAAAAGAAAUACGGCCAAUUAAGUAUGAUGCCGUGCUUCCUUCUCUGUUGUUUCAGAAAUGAUCAAAUGUGGGAAAAGUGCAUCUUAGAAUGUAUUCAGUAGUGUAAUCAUACUCUUUUCACAGGGUUAUUGUGAGUAAAUGAGGCAAUGUUCAUAAAGAUCUUUGUGAGGUGCCUGACAAUUGCUGAAUCUCCCAGAAAUCAAUUUUUAUCUAGAGCCCGUUCCCUGGGCAACAGGAUCGACAUCCUCCAAGGAUCUGGGGACUCCUGGGGCCUGGUAUGGGAGAACCCCAGCGUUUUGACUUUGUUGUUCUCUCUCCUGUCCUCUUCUCUUCUAUCCACAGGGUAGAUAUCCUCUCUUUCUAUCCUCUUCUUUCCACAGGGUUCUCCCAGAACAGCAUUCCGGGGGUUGAUCUUUGAUGGCAGGACCUGGCUUGGGGGAGAAAGGAUGUUCUGGCCAUCCGUCCUUAUAGUCAACUCUAGAAGCUUGGACAAGAAACAGAAAAAGAUUUUAAGGGAACACCAAGUCUGCAUAGUGGUUCAGGCCUGUUUUCUCAGUUAUUAAAAAAAAAAACUGGGGUAGGGGAGCAUGCAAACUGGCCUAGCACAGCCUUUCUGGAGGGCAGUUUGGCCCCCGCGUUUUAGGAUUGAAAACAUGAAUGUCUGCAUUCCCAAAUGCACAUCUCAGAAUAACUUGCGUCAAGACUAUCAAAGAUGUGUACAAAGAUUUAACUCUAGGAUGUUUAUCACGGUACUGUUUAGGAUGGUAAGAAAAUGAGAACAACUCAAAUGUCUAACCAUAAGGCAAUGUUAAGAAUUAAUUAUAUUAAUGUAGCAAUGACAUAUGUAACCAUUAAGAAGAAUGCAGAUUAUUUAACGACAAGGGAGCUGGUUCACAAAAUCUUAUUUAGUUACAAAAGAUUACAAAACAACUUACAUAAUGUAAUUCUACUUAUAUAAAAAUAGUUACUUCCAAACUCACGGAGAGGAAAAAGGAUUCAGAGUUAAUACGCAAGGGUGUUAACAUCGAUGAUCUCUAGGAGGGCGGAUUGUGGAUGAUUUUUGUUUUUGUGUAAUUUGGUUUUUCUGUCAGCUUUAUGAAAAUACUCAUUAGACAUAGAUUCACAAUCAAAGUUUCUUUCAAGGUGCCUUCUAUUAUCUAUCCUUCCCCUUCCCUUAUACACCUUUUUUUUUUUUUUUUAACACAAAAGGUAUUCUUUGCACCUUGCUUUCUUUCUGUUGUGGCUGUUGUUCCAUCUAGCAGCAUAUAUUUGGAGCUGUGUCAGAGCACCAAGAAUUUCCUCAUUCUUUUUUAUGGCUGAGUAAUAUCAUAAUAUUCCAUUGCGUGGAUGAAUCAUAAUUCACCAGUCUCCUAUUGAUGGACAUUUAGGUUGUUUCCUUUUUUUUUUUUUUGGUGAUAUAAAAACAAAUCAAUGCCACAAUCAAGAAAUUCAUACGAAACAUUUUGCGUGUCUAUGAGAUCAUUAACAAGACGCUGUCACCCCAGGUCUUCUCACUGUUCUCUUUACCCAGGACCUCUCAGCCAGGUUGGUGGGUAUCCAGUCCCAGAAGGCUCAGUUCCUCAUCACCUUCAAGACCGUGGAGGAAAUCUGGAAGUUUUCCACCUACUUGAACUUAGAUUGGUGGAAGAUACAGAGAUCCAAGUUUCCGUGGAUGAGAAACACCUGGAAACAAUAUACCUGGGACUUCUGAUACAGGAAGGCCACUUCUUCUGCAGAGCCGUGUGCUCUGUGGCUCAGCCGCCUGAGAAGGAAGGGGAGUAUCUGACACUUUGGAAGAAGGAGUUAAUCUCCGUGAAAAUAGUUGAAGGCGGAUCCGAGUGGGAGGGCGUGUCCCUGGUGACUGGUCAGCGGGGCCUGGUGCCCGUGUCAGCCCUGGAACCUCUGCCGCUCCCUUUCCACCAAUGGUUCCUAAAGAACUAUCCAGGAAGCUGUGGCUUUUCCAGGAAGAGGGAUUGGACAGGCUCCUAUCAGAUCGGCAGAGGAAAAUGUAAGGCCUGGAAAGAACAUGAGAGGGAAGAAAAGGAUGAGCUGAAUUUUCACCAGGGAGAAAGCAUCGAGAUCAUCGGCUUUGUCAUACCUGGGCUUCAGUGGUUCAUUGGAAAGUCGACACGCUCAGGAGAAGUGGGCUUUGUCCCCACCAGGAACAUAGAUCCUGAGUCUUACUCCCCAAUGAACAAGAGCUCCGCCUUUUUCAGCGAUGAGGAAAGAUGCUCUCUGUGGGUCCUGGGAAGUGACAGGAAAGCUGAGUGUGCCAGCUUCCUCCACACCCUUGCUCAUACUGACAUAGCGUCUGUCUACCGGCUUAGUGGGUUUGAAUCCAUCCAGAAUCUUCCAAACGAUCUAAGUGUGUCCCAGCCUGAAGGCUUCAAGGAGGCCAGGACUGGUAGAGCCUGGGAGGAGCAUCAGGCCGUGGGCUCCAGACAGUCCAGCAGUUCCGAGGACUCCAGCCUGGAGGAGGAGGAGCUCCUCUCAGCAGCCUCAGACAGCUAUCACUUGCCAGAGCCCGAUGACCUCGAUGACCCAGAACUGCUCGUGGACCUAAACACUGGUCAGGAAGAGGAGGAGGCUGAGAAUUUCGCCCCCAUGCUGGCGUUUCUGGAUCACAAGGGCUACGCUGACCACUUUAGGAGCCUCUACGACUCCUCCUUCUCUUUCCUCACGUCUUCCUUUUACAGCUUCUCUGAGGAGGACGAACUUGUGGCCUACCUGGAGGCCUCAAGGAAGUGGGCCAAGAGGAACCACAUGACCUGGGCCCAUGCCCGGCUCUGCUUCCUCCUGGGCCGGCUGAGCGUCAGGAAGGUCAAACUGUCUCAGGCCAGGGUGUACUUUGAGGAGGCUAUGUACAUCCUCGAUGGGGCAUUUGAGGACCUAUCCUUGGUGGCUGCUCUGUACAUCAAUCUGGCUGCCAUCUACCUGAGGCAGAGGCUGAGGCAUAAAGGCUCAGCCCUGCUGGAAAAGGCAGGUGCCCUGUUGGCCUGCCUGCCUGACCGUGAGUCCAGCACCAAGAAUGAGCUUGAUGUGGUGGCCUAUGUGCUACGCCAGGGGAUUGUGGCUGGCAGCUGUGUCCUGGAGGCCAGGGCCUGCUUCCUGGCCAUCCGAUUGCUCCUGGACCUAGGCCGGCAUGAGGAGGUCCUGCCCUUUGCCGAGCGUCUGCAACUCCUCUCUGGACACCCUCCUGACCUGGAUGCCGUGGCCACCAUCUUGAGUUUUCUGUAUGAUAAGAAAUACCUUCCACACCUCGCGGUGGCCUCUGUCCAACAACGUGGUACCCAGCGUGCCCAAAUUGGAAGUACCCUUCCAAUUUGGCAGGUCUACCUGGUUCUCCAGAACACCGCCAAGCUCCUUGGAGUUCCCUCUUUAAGCUGGGGUGAGGUUUCUGCCCUGGCCUGCCCAGCGCUCAGGCAAGCGCUGGUUGCCUGUGAAGAGCAGGCCAGUCGGAGCACCCAGAGGGCCCUGUGUCUCAUCCUGUCCAAAGUGUACCUCCAACACAGGUCUCCUGAUGGCGCCAUCCACUACCUGAGCCAGGCCUUGGUGCUAGGGCAGCUGCUGGGUGAGCAGGAGGCCUUCGAGUCUUCCCUGUGCCUGGCGUGGGCUUAUCUCGUAGCCAGCCAGGCAAAGAAGGCGUUGGACAUUCUUGAGCCGCUGCUAUACUCUCAGAAGGAGAUGGAGAGCAUCACCCAAAAGGGGGUGGUCCAUAACCUCCUGGGCCUUGCACUUCAGGGUGAAGGCCUGGUGAACAGGGCAGCCAAGAACUAUCUCCGGGCUUUGAACAGAGCUCAGGAAAUGGGGAACGUGCGUAACCAGGCGGUGACUUUGGCCAAUCUUGGCCACCUGACUCUCAAGUCCUGGGCUCGGCAACCAGCCAAGGACUAUCUCCUGCGGGCCGUCCGACUCUAUUCUGAACUCCAGACCAGCGUGGAGACAGACAUGGAAUUAGUACAGGUGCUUCUCUGGUUGGCCCAAGUCCUGGUGUCUGGACGUCAGCUGGCCAGUGGCCGCCUUUGCUACGAAAUGGCAUUGCUGUUGGGCUUAAGGCAUCGGCACCUAAAGAGUCAGCUUCAGGUCACCAAAUCCCUCUGCCAUUUCUACAGCUCUGUUUCCCCAAACCCCGAGGCGUGCAUCACCUACCAUGAGCACUGGCUGGCCCUAGCUCAGCAACUCAGGGACCGAGAGAUGGAGGGGAGGCUGUUGGAGUCCCUCGGGCAGCUCUAUCGGAACCUGAACACGGCCAGGUCUCUCAGGAGAUCUCUCACCUGCAUCAAGGAGAGCCUGCGUAUCUUCAUCGACCUGGGGGCGAAAGACAAGGCUGCCGAGGCCUGGCUCGGAGCUGGACGACUCCACUACCUCAUGCAGGAAGAUGAUCUGGUGGAGCUGUACCUGCAGGCAGCCAUCCAGAAAGCCCUGAAGUCCGAAGAGCCCUCCCUGGCUCUCAAACUCUAUGAAGAAGCGGGCGAUGUGUUCUUCAAUGGGACCCGCCACAGGCACCGUGCGGUGGAGUAUUACCGGGCUGGGGCUGUCCCUUUAGCGAGGAGGAUGAAGGCGGUGAGAACGGAGCUCCGGGUUUUCAACAAGCUGACGGAGCUGCAGAUCAGUCUGGAAGGCUAUGAGAAGGCUUUGGAGUUUGCCACUCUGGCGGCCAGACUCAGCACAGUCAUAGUCUUCCAAUUCCUAGGAGAUCAGAAGCAGGAGCUGGUGGCCUUUCACCGCCUGGCUACGGUGUACUAUUCCCUGAGCAUGUAUGAGAUGGCUGAAGACUGCUACCUGAAGACUCUGUCCCUCUGCCCGCCCUGGCUGCAGAGUCCCAAGGAGGCCCUGUACUAUGCGAAGGUAUAUUAUCGCCUGGGCCGACUCACUUUCUACCAGCUGAAGGACGCCCACGAUGCCACCGAAUACUUCUGGCUGGCCCUGGCAGCGGCGGUCCUGCUGGGUGACCAGGAGCUGCAGGACACCAUUAGGAGCAGGUUGGACAACGUCUGCCGGAGCCCCCUGUGGCACAGCAGCCCCUCGGGGCGCUCCUCAGAGAGGGCGCGGUGGCUGAGCGGGGGAGGCCUGGCCCUCUGAGGAGGGCUGUCCUACAUCCGACCAGUGGCCAUGGCCAGAAGCUGCCUCCCUGCCCUGGGCUCCAGGACACCCAUCUGGAAGGUCUGCAUCAUCACCUGGCCCAGCCCCCUCAUCUUACAAUGAGACUAGCACCGCCCAGAGGGAGGGGCUCAUUUGGGGUCGGCCACACCAGGAGUGGAUGACAGAGCAGGGACUGGAGGUCCUGGCUUUGUGUCAGGGGUUGUCUAGAGCCUUUUCAGCGGACUGCGGCCCUUCCCCACACACAGCUUCUGAAACGCACUUUCUCAACACUCCGUUCUAGAGAAAAUGAGAACCCUUGUCCUGAGGGGGCAACCUCUC